AAGCUGAGCUUGGGGAUGUGGCUGCACCGUCCUGGGCUCCUCCUGGUGCCCAUGUAGUCUCAGCGUGCACCCUGGACAGGGGCAGAGGCCUCUGGACAGGGAGGGAGCUGGGAAGGGCUCUGGUGUGUGCCCUGUCCUGGUCCUGUCCUGUGGGUGCUGGCGGGGGCUAAGGCGCUUUGUGCCCAGGUAGGAGGCUGGUACAGUGGCCCCCGUGACUACCCGCUAAUCCCCUCGAGAGAGGCACCAGCGGCCCAGAGCAUGGACACAGGGCCUGUGCAGAGGGGACCCACCGGCAGGAUGCACUGGCUGCCAGCAGGCCAUGACAUCAACGGCGCCCUGGAGCCGUCCAACAUCGACACCAGCAUCCUGGAGGAGUACAUUGGCAAAGAGGACGCAUCCGAGCUCUGCUUCCCUGACAUCUCCGCUCCCGCCGGCUCGACUUCCUACCCCCACGGGCAGCCUGCCGUCCCUGGCUCCAGCGGGGGCCACCACCUGAGUCCUCCGGCUGGCGGACCCUCCCCAGGGCGCCACGGUCCCCUCCCACCCCCAGGCUAUGGCGCCCCGCUCAACUGUAACAACAACAACGGCCUGGGCGCUGCCCCCAAGCCCUUCCUGGGGGGCUCCGGGACCCCCAUCAAGGCGGAGCCCAAGGCCCCCUAUGCCCCAGGCGUGCUGCCCGACUCGCCCCCCGACUCGGGCUCUGAGGCCUACUCCCCCCAGCAGGUGAACGCCAGUGUCCCCGCCGGGGAUGCCGCCCGCCCGGCCGCCCGAGCCAUCAUGGACGCACCCUUCGGUGCUCUGGUGGCCGGAAGCAGCAGGUGGGCCUGGGAGCAGGGCGAGGCCGCUCUCCACUCCUUCCUCGCAGACCCCCGCCUGCUGCGGACGAUCACCCCAGAGACCCUGUGCCACGUGGGGGUCCCCUCCCGCCUGGAGCACCCACCCCCGCCCCACUACCCCGUGUUGCCGCGGGACCUGUAUCUGAAGCCCGAGCCCCUUGUCCCACCCUACACGGCCAUGGGCCAGGGGCUGCUGCCCGGCGAGCUCCACCACACCCCACAGCCGCAGAUGCUACACCAGCUGUUGCAGCACGGAGCAGAGCCCCCCCCGCACCCCUCCAAGAAGAGGAAGCACUCUGAGUCGCCCCCCAACACCCUCAGCGCCCAGAUGCUGAACGGCACGAUCAAGCAGGAGCCGGGCACUGUGACCGCGCUGCCCCUGCUCCCCGCCCGAGCCCCGUCGCCGUCCUGGCCCCCACAGGGCCCCCUGUCCCCGGGCCCCAGCUCCCUGCCCCUCAGCAUUGCCCGGGCACAGACCCCGCCUUGGCAUCCUCCUGGGGCGCCCUCCCCAGGUCUCCUGCAGGACAGCGACAGCCUCAGUGGCUCCUACCUGGACCCCAACUACCAGUCCAUCAAGUGGCAACCCCACCAGCAGAACAAGUGGGCCACUCUGUACGAUGCCAACUACAAGGAGCUGCCUAUGCUCACCUACCGCGUGGAUGCCGACAAGGGCUUCAACUUCUCCGUGGGUGACGAUGCCUUCGUGUGCCAGAAGAAGAACCACUUCCAGGUCACAGUGUAUAUCGGCAUGCUGGGCGAGCCCAAAUUCGUGAAGACGCCCGAGGGCCUCAAGCCGCUCGACUGCUUCCACCUGAAACUGCAUGGAGUGAAGCUGGAGGCCCUGAACCAGUCCAUCAACAUAGAGCAGUCGCAGUCUGACCGCAGCAAGCGGCCCUUCAACCCCGUCACGGUCAGUCUGCCGCCCGAGCAGGUCACCAAGGUGACCGUGGGGCGUCUGCACUUCAGCGAGACCACCGCCAACAACAUGCGCAAAAAGGGCAAGCCCAACCCCGACCAGAGGUACUUCAUGCUGGUGGUGGCGCUCCAGGCCCACGCGCAGAACCAGAGCUACACGCUGGCCGCGCAGAUCUCGGAGCGCAUCAUUGUGCGGGCUUCCAACCCAGGCCAGUUUGAGAGCGACAGCGACGUGCUGUGGCAGAGGGCGCAGGUGCCCGACACCGUCUUCCACCACGGCCGCGUGGGCAUCAACACCGACCGGCCGGACGAGGCGCUGGUGGUGCACGGCAACGUCAAGGUCAUGGGCUCACUGCUGCACCCCUCGGACCUGCGCGCCAAGGAACAUGUGCAGGAGGUGGACACCACAGAGCAGCUGAAGAGGAUCUCGCGCAUGCGGCUGGUGCACUACCGCUACAAGCCGGAGUUCGCCGCCAGCGCCGGGAUCGAGGCCGCGGCGCCCGAGACUGGUGUCAUUGCCCAGGAGGUGAAGGACAUCCUGCCCGAGGCCGUGAAGGACACGGGGGAUGUGGUCUUUGCCAAUGGGAAGACCGUAGAGAACUUCCUGGUGGUGAACAAGGAGCGCAUCUUCAUGGAGAAUGUGGGCGCCGUGAAGGAGCUGUGCAAGCUCACAGACAACCUGGAGACACGCAUCGAUGAGCUGGAGCGCUGGAGCCAGAAGCUGGCCAAGCUGCGGCGCCUCGACAGCCUCAAGUCCACCGGCAGCUCAGGCGCCCUCAGCCACAGCGGCAGCCAGUUCAGCCGGGCAGGCAGUGCCCCCCACAAGAAGAGGCCCCCUAAGGUGGCCAGCAAGUCAUCCUCAGUGGUCCCUGACCAGGCCUGUGUCAGCCAGCGCUUCCUGCAGGGAACCAUCAUUGCCCUGGUGGUGGUCAUGGCCUUCAGCGUGGUGUCCAUGUCCACCCUGUAUGUGCUGAGCCUGCGUGCCGAGGAGGACCUGGUGAGCACCAACGGCAGGUCCAGCCAGAGCUUUGGGACCACGAAGCUCCGCCAGUUGCCCAUGACCACUGGGGUAGCGGGCAUGCAGCCCUCCCUGCUGCUGGUGACCCCCAGCCCGAGCCCCGUGGCCCCGGUUCCAGCCGUCCGAGCUUUGGACCUGUGCUCCAGCCACCCCUGCCCUGUCAUCUGCUGCACCACCCCCAGCCCCAGGCCCAGCCCCAGCCCGGCCACCAGCCACUCAGGCCCCAGCCAGGUGGCCCCGCUGCCAGUCACUAACAUCAGAGCCAAGUCCUGGGGUAUCUCGGCCAAUGGCAUCAGCCACACCAGGCACCCUAAGGGCAUGGAGCCUGCAGCCAGCCCUGCUGUCCCUUUUCCUGGGGGGCCAGGCAAGGCCAAGAACAGCCCCAACCUCGGGCUCCGCGGCCGGGCCCGCCGAGGGGCACCCCCACUCAGCCCCUCUGGGACCCAGGGCCAGCCAGACCCAGUGCCCUCCCUGACCUCCAUCCAGGUGCUGGAGAGCGCGAUGCCCAUCACCUCCCAGUACUGCGCCCCCGAGGAUGCCUGCAGGCCCGGGAACUUCACCUACCGCAUCCCAGUGAGCGGCCGCACCCCACUGCACCUCAGGCUGACCCUGCAGAUGAACUCCUCUGCCCCCGUGUCCGUGGUGCUGUGCAGCCUGACGGCGGCCGCGGAGCCAUGUGAGGACAGGGGUGUCCCGCAGAGCCCCCGGACGCCCUGGGACACCCAGGGCACCUCCCACCAGUGGCCGCUCACCAUCCUGCCCUCCCGAGAAUUCACCUACCACUUCCGUGUGGCGCCGCAGGGUCAGGCCAACUGCAGCUCGGAGGCCGGGCCGGCUACAGACUACUACUUCCACUUCUACCGCCUGUGCCCCUGAGCGGUGGAGGUGGCCACGCGGGGCCCUGAGCCGGGCCCUCCUCGCGGACGCAGUGUUACACUGGAGCUGGCAGCCGGUGGCUGUGCAGAGCCUCACAGGACCAGAGUCUUCACCCUGGCGCUGCUGCCUGCUGCCACCUCCCCACCCGGGUGGGGCCAACCCCACCACAGCGGCCUCUCGGCCCCACUCAAAGUCCUGCUGGGGCUGGACAGCGACAGCCCAGGGACUCUCCACGAUGUGACUGUUACGCUGGGCCUGGACCCUAAGCUCUAAGUGUGGCCUAGAGGAUGCCUGGACAGCUGGCACCCGUGCCUUAUGCCACCCUCAGCCCACCACAGCCUGAGCCGGGCCGGGAGCCUGGGGCAUCCUGAAGGGAACCCGCCCUUCUGAGCAGAGGAGCAGGCUUCCCUGCCAGCAGUGGGGACAGCUGGGGUGCACGUGCUAAUGCUGCAGUUACUGCCCCGGCGACGACUCUCCAAUGGGGUUGGGCUGGACAGCAUGGGGUGACCCCUGCAAAGAGAGGCCCUGGCACUGCUCCCUCCAGCCCCAAACCCUGGCUUUUCGGCUGUCCCAGGCUGAUGGCACCCACUGGUGGCAGCUCCCUAGCCCAGUGCAGAGGCAGGAGUGGGUCAGAAGUCUGAGUCCCAGUGGUGCCUGGAGCACCCAGCCUUGCUGCACGGUGUCCUGUGCAGUGCCCCACAGGGCAGCCUCUGGUAAAGCCCGUAAGAUGAGAGGCCUUCCGCGGCCCUCAGAGCACUUACCUUGGGGAUGGGGGUGCUGGACCCACCCUCAUCCUGACAGACCCGAGUCCUGUGUGCGGAAGGGGAACUCCUGUCCUGCCCAGCCCUCCAGGGCUUCCCUGCCAGUGCCUUGUAGCUGCCAGGCCCCGCUCCUGGGCAGGACUCUGGGGCUCUCUGUGCUGGGGGCACGGGAGCUUGGACUGGGGCCCUUCAGCCCUGAACUGGAAAGUGAGCCGCCUCUGCCCCUGGGUCCCUUCGGCAGCUCGCACUGCCUGAGGUGUGAACACUGGACCAAAGGUGCCCUAGCCCUGGGUACAGAGGGGUGGGCCCCCUCCCCCUGCCCGUCCUGUGGCGGCAGCUAAACGUCCCCUUGCUUCGGCUGUACACAGGGCUUCCCCAGCGGACCCUGCCCACCCACCCAGCAGCCUGCGCUGCGCCGCCCUCCACUUAUCUCCCACCUUCUUAUAUUUAUCGUGCACCCACUCUGGGCCCGCUUGCUGUCCCCAGGUUGCCUUUUCUUCUGAAGUACAUAUACAUGUAUAAAUAAAUGUCCAACACUGCCUUGUACCCCA